AUGAGCGGCUUCCAGAGCCGAAAACGGGACCGUGGAAGCUCAUGGAGCUCCAAGAAGCAGAAGGUUAUGCGCAGCGCUGAGGAAGAGCUCGAGUCGAAGCUAGGGUUCGAUCUGUUCUCCGAAGGCGAUAAGCGGCUCGGAUGGCUGCUCACUUUCGCAUCCUCAUCUUGGGAGGAUCAAGACACCCGUAAGGUUUAUAGUUGCGUCGAUUUGUAUUUCGUUUCGCAGGAUGGUUCUGCUUUCAAGUCAAAAUACAAGUUCCGCCCUUAUUUCUAUGCAGCCUCAAAGGAGAAAACGGAAAUGGAUGUUGAAGCAUAUUUGAGACGACGAUAUGAAAAUCAAAUUGCUGAUAUUGAAAUAGUGGAGAAAGAAGACCUUGAUCUGAAAAACCAUUUGUCUGGCCUACGCAAGUCCUACCUAAAGCUAUCAUUUGAUAAUGUUCAACAACUAAUGAAUGUCAAGAGUGACCUAUUACACGUUGUCGAAAGAAACCAUGCCAAAUUUGAUGCUGCAGACGCUUACGAGUCAAUAAUAAUAGGAAAACGAGAACAAAGGCCUCAGGAUUUUCUAGAUUGUAUUAUUGAUCUUCGUGAAUUUGAUGUUCCCUACCAUGUCCGCUUUGCCAUUGACAAUGAUGUAAGAUGUGGCCAGUGGUAUGAUGUUAGUGUAUCCAGUACUGGUGUUAUGCUUGAGAUGAGGACAGAUCUUCUGCAGCGCGCUGAAGUUCAUGUUUGUGCAUUUGAUAUUGAGACGACUAAGCUACCUUUGAAAUUUCCAGAUGCUGAAUAUGAUUUAAUAAUGAUGAUUUCGUACAUGGUUGAUGGACAAGGUUACCUGAUUAUUAACAGAGAGUGUGUUGGGGAUGAUAUAGAGGAUCUGGAGUACACUCCCAAACCAGAAUUUGAAGGGUUUUUCAAGGUGACAAAUGUGAAGAAUGAGGUAGAGCUUCUAAGACACUGGUUUGCUCAUAUGCGGGAGGUGAAGCCUGGAAUUUAUGUCACAUACAAUGGUGAUUAUUUCGACUGGCCUUUCCUGGAAACCAGAGCUGCAUAUCAUGGGUUAAAAAUGAGUGAUGAGGUUGGAUUUCAAUGUGACAAGAACCAGGGGGAAUGCCGGGCUAAAUUUGCUUGCCAUCUUGAUUGUUUUGCUUGGGUCAAACGUGAUAGUUAUCUUCCUCAAGGGAGCCAAGGCCUUAAGGCUGUUACAAAGGCAAAGUUAGGUUAUCAUCCCCUGGAGGUGAAUCCGGAGGAUAUGGUUCGCUUUGCAAUGGAAAAACCUCAGAUGAUGGCAUCAUAUUCUGUCUCUGAUGCUGUUGCAACUUAUUACUUGUAUAUGACCUAUGUUCAUCCAUUCAUUUUCUCUCUUGCAACUAUUAUUCCAAUGUCUCCGGAUGAGGUUUUGCGCAAGGGUAGUGGAACCCUUUGUGAAAUGCUUCUCAUGGUCCAGGCAUACAAGGCAAAUGUUAUCUGCCCUAACAAACACCAAUCUGACCCCGAAAAGUUCUAUAAAAAUCACCUUUUAGAGAGUGAGACUUAUAUAGGUGGCCAUGUUGAAUGCCUUGAAAGUGGUGUGUUUAGAUCUGAUCUUCCAACCAGUUUUAAGCUUGAUGCCUCUGCCUAUGAGCAAUUGAUCAACAACCUUGAUCGAGAUCUUCAAUAUGCUAUAAGAGUAGAGGGUAAGAUGGACUUGGAAUCCGUGUCCAAUUAUGAAGAAGUGAAGAGUUCUAUAUUGGAAAAGGUUAUUUUGGUGAUUGAUGUAAACUUCCUUGGGGAUGUUCAUCGGUUCGAAACUGUUAAUCUGUAUUCUGUAGCCAAUUUUCAUCCAUUCGAAACUGUUCUGUAUUCUGUAGCCAAUUUUCAUCCGAUCCAAUGUAGAUUGGAUUGUAGGUUGUACAAACCAAUCCAAUCUGAGUUACAGAUGAGAUCUGCACUGCUUGUGAUUUCAAACCGUCCAGGAAAAACUUGUCUUCGCAAACUUGAAUGGGUUUGGCGUGGAGAAAUAUUCAUGGCAAAGAAAAGUGACUAUUAUCAUUUGAAGAAGCAAAUUGAGUCUGAAUUUGUUGAUGGUUCCAAUUCCAAGCUGUCAAAAUCUUUUCUUGAGUUGCCUAAAAUGGAGCAGCAAUCGAGGCUCAAAGAGCGUCUAAAAAAAUACUGUCAGAAGGCAUAUAGACGAGUAGUGGACAAGCCAGUCACUGAACUUCGGGAAGCUGGGAUUUGCAUGAGGGAAAAUUCAUUCUAUGUUGACACAGUUCGCAGCUUUCGAGAUAGAAGGUAUGAGUACAAAGGGCUUAAUAAGGUUUGGAAGGGGAAGUUGUCUGAAGCCAAGGCUAGUGGGAAUUCUAUAAAAAUCCAGGAAGCACAAGAUAUGGUAGUGCUUUACGAUUCAUUACAACUUGCACAUAAGUGUAUACUUAAUUCCUUUUAUGGAUAUGUCAUGCGCAAGGGUGCAAGGUGGUAUUCAAUGGAAAUGGCUGGAGUAGUUACAUAUACUGGAGCUAAAAUUAUUCAGAAUGCUCGCUUGUUGGUUGAGAAAAUUGGAAAACCUCUUGAAUUAGACACAGAUGGUAUCUGGUGUGCGCUCCCUGGAUCUUUUCCGGAGAACUUUACAUUCAAAACAAAAGACUUGAAGAAGAAGCUGACUAUCUCAUAUCCAUGUGUUAUGCUUAACGUUGAUGUAGCAAGGACCAAUACAAAUGAUCAAUACCAGACUCUUACAGAUCCUAUUGGAAAUACUUAUACAACUCAUAGUGAAUGUUCUAUUGAAUUUGAAGUGGAUGGACCCUACAAGGCUAUGAUUCUUCCGGCUUCUAAAGAAGAAGGAAUUCUAAUUAAGAAGCGAUAUGCUGUUUUCAAUGAUGAUGGGACCCUUGCUGAACUUAAAGGUUUUGAGAUCAAGCGUAGAGGUGAGCUGAAGCUCAUCAAAGUUUUCCAGGCCGAGCUUUUUGAUAAGUUCCUUCACGGUUCUACUUUAGAGGAAUGCUAUUCAGCAGUCGCUUCUGUCGCCAAUCGCUGGCUUGAUCUCCUUGAUAAUCAAGGAAAGGAUGUUGCAGACAGUGAGUUGCUUGAAUAUAUAUCAGAGUCAAGCACAAUGAGCAAGUCUUUAGCAGACUAUGGAGAGCAAAAGUCAUGUGCAGUGACCACUGCAAGACGUCUUGCUAAUUUUCUCGGUGAUUCAAUGGUCAAAGAUAAAGGACUGCGUUGCCAGUAUAUAGUUGCAUGUGAACCAAAGGGCACACCUGUAAGUGAGCGUGCUGUUCCAGUUGCAAUAUUGAAACAGAUGCGGGUUUCAUCAGAUGUCGGCAUUCGAUCCAUUAUUGACUGGUCCUAUUACAAGCAACGUCUUGGUUCAGCAAUUCAGAAAAUUGUCACCAUUCCAGCUGCAAUGCAAAAGGUCGCAAAUCCUGUUCCUAGGGUAGCUCAUCCUGAUUGGCUGCAUAAGAAGGUUCGUGAGAAGGACGACAAAUUUCGGCAGCGCAAAUUGGUUGAUAUGUUCAGGUCAUUGAACAGGGAUCAUUUGCUGGAAAAGAACAGUGAUGCUAUCGGCUCUAAUCAUGCGAUUGAUGAAGAGAUUGUUGAAGAUUUGGAAGACUUCAACAGAAAAAGCAGUUCCAUAAAUGGACCCAGACCAAUUGUCCGAUGUUAUGAAGUUAAUAACAAGAAAAAUUCAGUCGAGACAGCUGGUCAAAUAGAUUCACAGCAACAACAAACUAAUAAUAAAGAAAAUGAGCUUCAAGAGCAAAAUGCCGUCUCGUCUGAAGCUAUUGAUAGAAAUGUAGAUUAUCAUGGCUGGCUUCAAAUAAAGAAGAGGAAAUGGAAAGAUACUCUUGACAGGAGGAAGAAGCAAAGAUUGAAUAAUGCGAGGUCUGCACACCAUGCUAAUAAUGAGGUGCUUGGUGGUGGUAGAAAUCGUAAAGAACCACAGGGGAAAGGUGUUAAUUCAUAUUUUAGGAGGAAUGAAGAAGCCCUAACACGCUGUCACUGGCAGAUAUUACAACUAGUUCCCAGUUCUCAGGGUGACCAAUUUUCUGCUUGGGUUGUUGUGGAAGGAAUCAUGCUUAAGAUUCCUGUUACCGUUCCAAGAGUUUUUUACAUCAAUUCUAAAGCACCUAUAGAAAAACUAUUUGAAAAAAUUUCUGAAGAAAAACCUCAAGGAAAGAAUGUCAACAAGACUCUUCCUCAUGGAAGGCGUGCCUACAACCUGUAUGAGGCUAUAAUAGAUGAGGGUCGGUUUAAGACAAUAAGCAAAAAGCUUGCAGCUCUUCUUGGCGAUCCAGAAGUUGAGGGAAUAUAUGAAACAAAGGUGCCUUUGGAGUUCAAUGCAAUUGUUCAGAUUGGUUGUGUCUGUAAAGUGGAUAAAACUGCUAAGAAGAGAAACGUCCAGGAUGGUUGGAGUGUGAGUGAACUGCACAUGAAGACAACUACUGAGUGCACAUAUCUGGACGAAUCGAUCUCUUUCUUUUACUUGUACCAGAGCACAUCUGAAGGGCGAGCUAUAUUUAUUGCCUAUUUUCCUGCGUCAAGAACAAUAACUGUUGUGGUGGUAAAUCCUUAUCAAAAUAAAGAUUUGUCAGCAUCUUUUCUUGAGAAACAAUUUCGUGAAGCUUGCCAAGCGUUAUCAAUUCAGCAACCCCCGAGGAAUGGUAUCAUUAUUAAGGUUGACUAUGUUGGAUUUCCCAAGGAUGCUGAAAUGAUUUUGCACCGUGCAAUUAAUGAGCACAGACAUGAACAUCAUGGACCUACAGUUGCUGUUAUUGAAUGCCCAAAUUUUCAGUUGAUGAAGUCGAGUAUAGGAGCUCUUGAUGAUUUUCCUUGUGUGAGCAUUCCCUCUAAUGCUCGCGAUAGUAACUAUCAGGUUCUUGGGUGGCAACAAGUGGCAGCAAAAAUUGGAAUGCAACGUUGUGCUGCAUCACCUCAGUGGUUGAGGGAGAGAAUUUCCCUCUCAAGAUAUGCCCAUGUACCAUUGGGUAAUUUUGAACUUGACUGGCUUAUACAUGCAGCAGAUAUCUUCUUUUCAAGAGCACUACGGGAUCAGCAACAGGUGCUUUGGAUAUCUGAUGAUGGUAUUCCAGAUCUAGGAGGCAUUAAUGAUGAAGAUACAUGUUUUGCCGAUGAGGUCUAUCAACAUGACUUUUCUUUCCCGGGAGCAUAUAGGAAGGUCACUGUGGAGCUAAAGAUACAUCAUCUGGCUGUAAAUGCUCUUCUGAAAAGCAACCAGGUGAAUGAAAUGGAAGGAGGUGCUUUGCUAGGAUUUGAAUCAGAUGUGAACUCAGGAGUACAUACGUCUGAUCUACAUGUUGGCUUUGAUGAAGCUACCUCAUGUGCACCUACCCUCCGUGUCUUGAAACAGUUGAUCCAGAGGUGUCUUGCAAAUGCAGUAACAUCUGGAAAUGUGUAUGCUGAUGCACUAUUGCAGCAUCUAUAUCGAUGGCUUUGCAGCCCCCAGUCUAAACUUCAUGAUCCAGCUCUUCACCGCAUACUCCACAAGGUCAUGUCAAAGGUGCUUGCAAUUUUAAUGAUCGAGUUCCGCAAAUUGGGUGCCAAGAUUAUAUUUGCGAAUUUCUACAAGGUUAUUAUAGACACAGGAAAGUUUGAUCUGUCAGGAGCCAAAGCUUAUUGUGAUAGCUUGCUUAAAACACUGCAAGCAAGAGAACUAUUUGAGUGGAUUGAGCUUGAACCAUUGCAAUUCUGGCAUUCCCUGCUUUUCAUGGAUCAGUAUAACUAUGGUGGAAUUCCGGCAAGAGCUGAUGGAAGCAUGCAUGGUGAAGCUCAAAUGGAUAUUGUAUCAAGCUGGAAUAUCGCUGAAUACUUACCCAAGAAAAUUCAGGACCAUUUUGUUUAUAUUGUCUCUCAGUUUUUAUAUGUUCCCUGGGAUUAUGAACAAAAGCAGGCAGCAGUCAGAACAUCUUUACAGAAUGAAAGCAAUUGCACGCCAUCAAUCACUGUUGCAGCUGCUGAGACUUUUGAGUCUCAUAUGAUAGAUUUUCUUAAAGGACAGAUCAGCUCAUACUUUACAGAUAAACUUCUGGGAAUUGUUCAUGAUACCAUACUUCACAUGAAGGAGCUGAACAAAUCUGAGGAUGGCCAUCACACAUCUCCUGGGCUGCCACAACUCGCUGGUGAUAUCCACAAAGGGGAUGCAGCGCUGGAGUUCAUUAAGCAUGUCUGCGGUGUUUUCUCUCUUGACCAAAAUGUUCACCAUGACGUUAUGGUAAUGAGAAGGAAUCUGUUGAAAUAUUUGCGUGUGAGGGAGUUUGCACCUGAAGCCGAGUUUCGUGAUCCCUGUGCAUUCUUCACCUUACCAAAUGUCAUUUGCAGCUACUGCAACGAUUGUAGAGACCUGGACGUGUGCCGUGACUCAGCUCUACUAGCUGGGGAGUGGCGCUGUGUUGUGCCGCAAUGCGGGCAGCCUUAUGACAGAGAGGUCAUGGAGAAUGCCCUUCUUCAGAUUGUACGGCAGAGAGAGCGCCUCUACCAUCUACAGGAUCUGGUAUGCCUUAGGUGUAAGCAAGUGAAAGCUGCACACUUAGCGGAUCAAUGUGUAUGUGCUGGCUCAUAUAAAUGCAGGGAGGAUGCAACGAAAUUCCGUAGCAAGAUGGAGUUAAUUUGGAAGAUUGCCAUUCAUCAGAAAUUCCAACUUCUCCAAGAGUGCACUGAAUGGAUUUUGGAAGUUGAUCACUCUUAA